CAAUUUGCCACUGGUGUCAACAUACUUACUGUAGCUGAUGAAGAUAAGUAAGACAAAGUAAAACUAUUACACAGGGUAUUACUCUUUUAUCUCAUUAUGUCAUGGCGAGAUACCCAACACUGAACCAGCUGUCCAACUCUGGAUCAUUACACAUGUAUAGUGACAUGUGAACUCUCUGUCUCUCUUUCUCUCUCUCUUUUCCUGCAGACAGACAGCUGGACUCAGCCAGUCCUCUAGCAUGGUACAUAGAAGGGGGUUGGUUCAUCAUGGGACCUGGUGUCAAGAAAAGGCACGCAUUCAACAUGCAGUCCUGUGCCAGGUGUGGGUUCGUGGUCUACCCAGCUGAGAAGAUCAACUGCAUUGACCAGAACUGGCACAAAGCAUGUUUUCACUGUGACGUAUGUAAGAUGGUGCUCACUGCCAAUAACUUUGUCAGCCACAAGAAGAGGCCAUACUGCUCCGUACACAAUCCAAGAAACAACACAUUCACAAGUGUCUACGAGACCCCUGUCAACAUCAAUGCAAAAAAGCAAAGCAAGGCGAGCAGUGAGCUGAAGUAUCGCGAAGAUGGCGAGCGCUUUAUGUCCUCCUUCCACCAAGACAUGAGGUCCAUGGAGAAGGCUCGACUAGACAAUCAUAUGACCAGCCAGGCCUUUCAGUCUCAGUCUGAGUUUUCACAGCAGCAGACAUGGCACUCAGGCAUGGUGACCAAGCAGGAGACGGUGACAAUGUCUCAGGCCCAGAAGACCAUGAGUGAUGUUAAGUACAUGGAGGAGUAUGAGCAGUCAAAAGGAAAAGGCAGCUUCCCUGCCAUGAUCACCCCAGGUUACCAGAUUGCUAAACAAGCCAGUACUUUGGCCAGUAACCUGGAAUAUAAAAAAGGACACGAGGAGAGAGUUUCAAAGUACACCACAUUUGUUGACCCCCCAGAGGUGCUUCUGGCCAAGAAACAAGGACAAAUUGUCAGCGAUUAUGCCUAUACAGAAGAGUAUGAGCAGCAGAAAGGUAAAGGUAGUUUUCCUGCACAUAUUACACCUGGAUACAAGAUGUCAAAGAAGGCCAGUGAGCAGGCCAGUGAUAUAAAGUAUCGUCAAAUGUACGAACAGGAGAUGAAGGGUAAAGCCAGUACUGAGGCAGCAGUAGCUGAAGCUGUUCACGCCGGAGAAAAUGCAGAGAACUUCAGCCAGACUGCCUAUACUGAGGAGUAUGAGCAGCAACGAGGCAAAGGAAGUUUCCCUGCCAUGAUCACUCCUGGUUAUUAUCUUGCGAAGAAGGCUCAGGAAAAUGCUAGUGACCUAAAAUACAGGAAGGACUUAAACAAGAUGAAGGGCACCUCACACUUCCAUAGUCUGACAUCCGAGGACAAUCUGGCCCUAAAGAACGCCCGAAAGAUCAACAAGAUUGUCAGUGAGGUGGAGUAUAGGAAGGACUUGGAGAACACCAAAGGUCACAGCAUCAAUUUCUGUGAAACACCACAGUUUCAAAAUGCUGCUAAAGUUGCCAAGUUCACAAGUGAUAACAAGUACAAAGAGAAGUACACGAGCAAUAUGAAGGGCCACUAUGAAGAUUCAGGAAUCGAUAAGAAGACCAUGCAUGCCAUGAAAGCCAGGAAACUAGCUAGUGAUAUUUCAUAUAAACAAGGCUGUGAACAGGAGCAGGGUGAAUACAACUACCCAGCCACCCUAACACCAGGCUACCAAAGCCAAAGGAAACUGGACCCGCUGAAAGAUAAGAACUACAGGCAGCACAUUGACCAGGUCAAGUACAGUCCAGUGACAGACACACCUGAGAUUGUUUUAGCUAGGAAAAACGCUCAGCUUGUCAGCAAGCAAAAUUACAAAGCAGACUAUGAAAAGACCAAACAUCAGUACACACUAUCCCAGGACCUGCCCCAAAUCAAACAUGCCAAAGCCAAUGCUGCCUUGUGCAGUGACAUUAAAUAUAAGGAGGAGUGGGAGAAAACCAAGUCUAAAGCCUGCGACAUUGGCGUGGACGACCUGAGUGUCAAAGCAGCUAAGGCUUCCCGUGACCUUGCCAGUGAUAUUAAAUACAAAGAGACCUACAUGAAGGACAAGGAAAAGGCAGUGGGGUUCAACAUGAGUGACUGCAAGACUCUGCACUCUCUUCAAGUAGCCAAGAUGAGCAGUGAUAUUGAGUACAAAAAGGGCUCCAAAGAGAGCCAGGCCCAGUACAGCCUUCCUCUGGACAUGAUCAACCUGAGCCAUGCCAAAAAGGCUCAGGCCCUUGCAAGUGACCUGGAAUAUCGCACAAAGCUGCACGACUACACCGUCAUGCCUGAUGACAUCAAGGUCCAGCAGGCCAAAAAGGCUUAUUCCCUGCAAAGCGAGAACAAGUAUCGUUCAGACCUGAACUGGAUGAAAGGAGUGGGCUGGGAGACUGAAGGAUGUAUGAACAUUGCCCAGGCCAAGAAAGCUGGAGACAUGCUUAGUGAUACUAAAUACCGUCAGAAGGCAGACAGCAUCAGGUUCACCCACGUGGCGGACGAUCUCUCCAUCAAACACGCCAAGAAGAGCCAGGAGCUGCAGAGCAACCUGGCGUACAAAGCAGACACAGAGCAGAUAAUACACCAGUACACCAUGACAAAAGAUGAGCCCCUUUUCAGACAAGCAAAGGCUAACGCUGAUCUUCUCAGUGGGAAAGUGUACAAGAGCAACUGGGAAAAGCAGAGGGAAAAGGGCUUCGAGCUGCGUUUGGACUCUCUCUCCAUCCUCACUGCUAAAGCCAAAAGAGACCUGGCCAGUGAUGUGAAAUACAAAGAGAACUAUGAGAAAAACAAAGGCAAGGUGAUCGGCAUCAAGUCAGUCAGUGAUGACUCUCAGAUGGCCCACUCUGCUCGGGCCACCAAACUACAGAGUGACCAACACUACAAGAAGGACUAUGAGGACACUAAGACCAAAUACAGUGUUUCUCUGGAUAUGCUUAACAUCAGCCAUGCCAAGAAGGCUCAAGACUUGGCAACCGAGACCAAUUACAGGACUUUCCUCCAUGAGUAUACCACUCUGCCAACUGACAUGAAUGUUGCCUGGGCUAAGAAGGCCUAUGGACUGCAGAGCGAUAAACAGUACAGGUCAGAUCUGAACUGGAUGAAGGGCGUCGGAUGGGAGGGCUCAAAAUCACUGGAUGUCCAGCAGGCGAAGAAAGCCGGGGAGCUCGUCAGCGAGAAAAAGUACCGUCAGCAUGUGAGUGGUCUGAAGUUUACCAGUGUUGAAAACACUCCGGAGAUGGUCCAGGCCAAACUCAGCAACAAACUGGCCAUUGAUAGGCUGUACAAGGAGAAGGGUGAAAACAUGAAGCACAACUACACACUCAGUGGAGAGUUGCCUGAGAUGGUUCAGGCCAAGCUCAAUGCUAUGAACCUCAGUGAGAGCCGUUACAAGGAAUCUUGGACUAAGAUACGUGAUGGCGGUUACAAGCUACGUCUGGAUGCCAUUCCUUUCCAGUCCGCCAAAGCAUCUGCAGAGAUCCUCAGCGAUCAAAAGUAUAAAGAGGAAUUUGAGAAGACCAAAGGGAGGAUGAUCGGACUGAAGGGACUGCAGGAUGACAUGAACAUUGCUCACUCUGUCAAUGCCAGCAAGCUACAGAGUGAUAUUAAGUACAAAAAGGACUCAGCGAAGGCGCUGUCAAAAUUCCACCUGUCCAUGGACAUGCUAGAGGUCGCCCAUGCUAAAAAGGCCCAGUCGCUGGUCAGUGAUCAGGACUACAGGCUCACCCUGCAUCAGUACACCUCACUGCCUGAUGACAUGAAGGUGCAGGCGGCCAAGAGAGCAUACGCUCUACAGAGUGAGAGCGUGUAUCGCUCUGAUCUGAAUUACCUGCGUGGUGCAGCCUGGAUCGCCACUGGGGCACUGCAGAUUGAAGGCUCCAAGAGGGCCACGGACCUCAUCAGUGAUAAAAAGUACCGUCAGCAGCCAUACAACUUCAAACACACCUCUGUCGCUGACUCUCCAGACAUCGUCCAUGCCAAACUCAGUGGACAGAUCACAAAUGAACGUUUGUACAAAGAGAAAGGGGUGAAUGACCAGCAUAACUACACUAUGACAACUGAGAGACCAGAGAUUACACAAGCAAAGAUCAAUGCAGCCAACUUUAGUGAGAUCAAGUACAGAGAGUCCUGGCACACUCUGAGGGCUCAGGGCUACAAACUCACCAUGCAGGACAUCCCCUUCCAGGCUGCCAAGAGCUCCACAGGCAUUGCCAGUGAUUACAACUAUAAACACAACCACCUGCUGGAAAAAGGGAAGCACAUUGGAAUCAAAAGCGCCUUAGACGACCCGGGUCUGCUGCACUGCCGGCAGGCGAGCCGGCUGGCCAGUGAUCAGGAGUACCGGAAGGACGCGCUGACGACCAACAGGCAAUACCACCUCACGCAAGACAUGAUUCAUCUGGUGACGGCCAAGAAUGCCCAGGCCCUCGCCAGCGAACAGGACUACAGGAAGAGACUGCAUGAGUACACAGUGCUUCCCGAUGAUAUGAAGGUCAAGUGGGCCAAAACGGCUUACAACCUGCAGAGUGAGAAACUCUACAAAGCAGACUUAAAUUUCAUGAAAGGAGUGGCCUGGGACGGUGUGGGUGCUCCUCAACUGGAGUCAGCUAAGAAGGCUGGAGAACUUAUAAGUGAUAAGAAGUAUCGUCAGCUGCCAGACAGCCUCAGGUUCACCUCAGUGGCUGACUCUCCUGAUAUUGUCCACGCUAAGACGAGCUAUCAACAAUGCAGUGAGAGGCUGUACAAAUCUGGAAAGAAUAAUGACAUGCAUAAGUACACUUUACACCCAGAUGAUCCAGACUUUGUCAGAGCCAAGAUGAAUGCCCAGCAGAUAAGCGAUAAAGUUUAUAAGGCAUCUGGGGAGCAGGUGAAGACAUUGGGCUAUGACCUGAGGCUGGAUGCUAUUCCCUUCCAAACUGCCAAGGCCUCCAGAGAAAUUGCCAGUGAUUUCCGCUACAAGGAGUCCCACCUGAAGGAGAAGGGCCAGCAGGUGGGGCUGCGCUGUGUGGAGGACGACCCCAAGAUGGUGCACUCUCUAGCAGCCAGCAAACUUCAGAGCAACCUGGAGUAUAAACGCCAGUCGAAGGAUGAGCGGGGCCACUACAAAAUCCAUGCCGACCAACCUGAGUUCCUGCAGGCCAAAAAGAGUCAGGCGCAGGCUAGCAACCUCACCUACCGCCACAAGCUCCACGACUACACCUGUGACCCUGAGCAGCUCAAUGUCAAGCAUGCUAAGCAGGCCUACAAGCUGCAGAGUGAUGUGAACUACAAGUCAGACCUGAACUGGAUGAAAGGAGCGGGCUGGACCCCUCCCGGCUCCCACAAGGCCGAGCUCGCCCGUCGGGCUGCAGAGCUGGGGCUGGCCGAGGGAGUCAGCACUGAUGAGGCUAUUGCAAAGUAUCAGCACAUGAUGAUGCUGCAUCACCAGCAGCAAAUGGAGCAGCAGCAGCAGCAGCAGCAGCAGCAACAGCAGACUUCAGAGGAUGUGGAGACCACUGAGGUGAUUCAACAAGGCGUCAACAUGGACGCCAUGGAGGUCCUUCAUGUCAAAAGGAAGAAGACCUCCCAGACUGUCCAGAAAAGGUCCACCACCACCACAACCUCCUUCAAAUCCAUGGAGAAGAAGUCCAGCACCACCUCCUCAUCGGCUGCCCUCCAGAACACAGUAAAGACGUCCACGUCUAGUAAAGCUGCUGCGAUAAAAGAUGCAUAGAUCAGAGGCGUUUUUAUAGAUGAUAGUGUUUAGAGAACGUUAGAAACGGCCACUUUCAGAAAGUGCGAUAUUAACUUUUACUGAGUGGAUUACUUUACCAGUGGUAUUUGUGGUAUCUACUUUGAUGAAAUGACUGUUGUGACUCUGAUGACACACCAAUGUCAAACAGAGCUACUAUAGGUGCAACAAUGAACUGUAAAAUGUAGUUAAGAUGAUUACCAAGGGGAUUAAGCAUGUUGAAUCAGGACAGGACUUGUCAAGUUAGUUUAAAGGAUCGUGUGUAGUGAGCAAAAGAAGCUUUACUUUCAGAUUGAAUCCAUGGUACUUUUGACUUUUAUUUUUAAACCUUGUGAAAGGGUUAAAUUGCCUCUAAAGGACCAUGUUCAACACCAGUUCAAGCAAAAACAUAAACAAUUCUAUUAAAUUACUAAACUAUCAAAUGGAACGUUUGUAUUGUAAGUGUGUUUAAACGAUAUGAAGGUGGUGCAGAGAUUGCUAUAUGGCCAGCACUGCAAAGGAUUUCUGUUGUCAUCAUUUGUUUUUUUUAAUCUUUAGAGAAGAACACAUGCUGCAAAUGAACAAAGCACAGACAAAGCCUUGUUGCAGUCAUGCGAAACAUGCAGUUGUUUUUUUUACGGGUUCUGCCAUCUAGUGCACUUUGAGCUAGGCUCAGUGAGAAGGUGUAGGCCCACUGAAAUGAUGUGUGAUCUACAUUUUGUCUGGCAGGUUCAGCUUGCUAAGUUUGUAUCGGUGCCCCUUUUAACUCAAAGCUGGGCUGGGAGUAAACGCUUGGUUUUAUUGCAGAUAAAAUAAACCGUU